AUGCCUUGCAUGAUGGUGCAAUCCGCCGGCAUCAGAAGUCUCCGCCGCGAGAUGGAGACCAGGAGGAGGAGGCCGGAGCUCGCGCCGACGGGACGUGUCGCGGAGAAGUCGCCCAAGGCCAGCGCUCCACGCCCCCGUUCGUCCACGUCACCGCCGACGACGACCCCGCCCGCGCCAUGCAGCGCCGGCGCCGCGGCGGAUCCCCGGGCGCGCGUCGUCCUGCCAUCAUCCGCCGACGAGCGCUGCGUCAUCUUGGCCCUGCCGGCUCCCGUCCCUUCGAGACGCCCCGCCGCCGCCGCCGAGCUGCCGAUGAUCAAGAAGGGCACGCAGGUGAGCGUGCGCACUCGUGUCGGGGAGGUCAGCUCGGGGGUCCACCUCGUGCUCAGCCUCGACGCGGUCGUCGUCUCCGACGAGGAGGACGGCUUCCUCGACGUCGUCUACAAGGCGAAGUUCCCGCUCGACGAUCCCUUCCGCCCCGUGCGUGUUGCCACGGACAAAGUUAUGGUGAUCCCGCCGGCCGCGCCGUCCAUCGCUUCCACCACAACUACCAAAGCCGCCGCGCCACGAUGCUCCAAGUCGGCGGACAAGGGCGGCGCGAGACCGGCGACCGUCGCCGGCAAAUGA